CUUCCUGCCCGGCCCCCGGCCCCCGGCCCCGCCGCCGCCGCCCGCUCCGCCCCCGCCCCCGCCCGGCCGGGCCGCGGCCCCGCUCCGCCCUGCGCGGUUCUAUGUGACCGGCGGGCCCGGAGCCGCCGCCGCAGCGCGAACAUGGACGCCGUCAACGCCUUCAACCAGGAGCUCUUUUCACUUAUGGACAUGAAACCUCCCAUCUCUAGAGCCAAGAUGAUUCUCAUCACAAAAGCUGCUAUUAAAGCCAUUAAGCUUUACAAGCAUGUAGUUCAAAUAGUGGAAAAGUUCAUCAAAAAGUGCAAACCAGAGUACAAGGUUCCAGGGCUGUAUGUGAUCGACUCCAUUGUUCGGCAGUCUCGCCAUCAGUUUGGGACUGACAAGGAUGUGUUUGGGCCAAGAUUCUCUAAAAACAUAACCGCCACAUUCCAAUAUUUAUAUCUUUGUCCAUCUGAAGAUAAGAGUAAAAUAGUCCGUGUGCUGAACCUUUGGCAGAAAAACGGAGUGUUCAAAAUCGAGAUCAUCCAGCCUCUCCUGGACAUGGCGGCGGGGGGCGGCAACGCUGCCCCGGGGGCCGACAGCGUCACCAACAACGAGGGUUCACCCCCGCCUCCGGUUAAAGUCUCUUCGGAACCCCCACUCGCCACUGCAAACUCGGUACCGACUGUCCCACAGCUGCCCAGCUCCGACGCCUUUGCCGCCGUGGCCCAGCUGUUUCAGACCACUCAGGGGCAACAGCUUCAGCAGAUCCUUCAGACUUUCCAGCAGCCUCCAAAACCACAGUCUCCUGCCCUUGACAAUGCUGUGAUGGCUCAAGUUCAGGCUCUCACGGCCCAGUUAAAGACAACUCCCACGCCCCCGCCCGAACAGAAAGCCACUGCGUUUGACAAGAAGCUGCUCGACCGAUUUGAUUACGACGAUGAGCCAGAAGCCGUGGAGGAGUCAAAGAAAGAAGAUGCCGCUGCCUCUGCCGCCAGCACAGCCUCUGCCGCCGCCGCCCCUGCUGCACCCGCCGCCGCCGCCCCGCCCGCCGCCGCCGCUCCCACCACGUCCCCGCCGCAGGCGCCCUUUGGGUUCCCUGGCGACGGCAUGCAGCAGCCGGCGUACCCCCCGCAUCAGAGCAUGGACCCGUUCCCGCCUCCGAUGAUGGCGCUGCAGCAGGACCCCGGGCACCACCAGGUUGCACUUCCUCCUAACGGACAGAUGCCGGGAUUCGGCCUGCUUCCCACGCCCGCGUUCCCUCUGCCGGCCCAGCCAGCGGUGCCCCCAGCCGUCCCCGGGCAGCCGCCGUUCCAGGCCCCGUUCCCGGCCCCCAGCGAGCCGCUGGCGCAGAAGGCGCAUCAGGAGAUGAAAGCCGAGCAGCCGUGCGCCCCGGAAGUUAACAAGCGGCACAUGUCCGAUAGCAGGAAGUCGAGAUCCAGGUCAGCGUCCAGGUCACCGAAAAGGAGGCGAUCUCGGUCUGGUUCCAGGUCUCGGAGGUCUCGUCAUCGGCGUUCCCGGUCUCGGUCCCGAGACAGGCGCCGCCACUCGCCGAGGUCCCGGUCCCAGGAGAGACGGGACCGGGAAAAGGAAAGAGAGCGCCGCCAGAAGGGCCUCCCCCCGAUCAAACCAGAAACGGCGAGUGUCUGCAGCACCACGCUCUGGGUGGGACAGCUGGACAAGAGGACGACUCAGCAGGACGUCGCCAGCCUCUUGGAGGAGUUUGGCCCCAUCGAGUCGAUUAAUAUGAUUCCUCCCAGAGGUUGUGCCUAUAUUGUUAUGGUUCAUAGGCAAGACGCGUACCGCGCCCUGCAGAAGCUGAGCCGCGGGAGCUACAAAGUGAACCAGAAAUCCAUAAAGAUCGCCUGGGCCUUAAACAAAGGAAUAAAGGCGGAUUAUAAGCAGUAUUGGGAUGUAGAACUUGGCGUUACUUAUAUUCCGUGGGACAAAGUCAAGCCUGAAGAACUGGAGAGUUUUUGUGAAGGCGGAAUGUUGGACGGUGACACUCUUAACCCAGAAUGGAAAGGAAUCCCCAAGAAGCAUGAAAAUGAAGUUGCUCAGAACGGAGGGGCGGAAAGCUCGCACACGGAACCAGUGUCGCCCAUCCCUAACCCGCUGCCUGUGCCGGUCCCCCCGAUGCCUGUUCCCGCACCCAUAACGGUGCCUCCUCCGCAGGUGCCGCCGCAGCAGCCCGGUCCCCCCGUGGUCGGCGCCCUGCAGCCGCCCGCCUUCACGCCUCCCCUGGGGAUUCCUCCUCCGGGCUUCGGGCCCGGCGUCCCUCCGCCUCCGCCGCCGCCUCCGUUCCUGCGCCCAGGAUUUAACCCGAUGCACCUCCCGCCAGGUUUCCUUCCGCCUGGACCCCCACCUCCUAUAACCCCGCCGGUGUCCAUCCCUCCUCCGCACACUCCGCCGAUGAGCAUCCCCAACCCUGCUAUGGAUGGUGUAAAUGAAGACACCACAAAAGACUUACCUAUUGGAACUCCCAUUCCAACAGUGGUGUCUGGGGCGAGAGGAAACGCCGAGUCCGGGGACAGCGCGAAAAUGUUCGGCUCUGCCGUGCCGCCCGCCGCGCCCACGAGUCUGCCCGCCCCUCCUGUAACCCAGCCUGUCUCACUCCUGGGAACCCAAGGAGUCGCGCCUGGCCCCGUCAUCGGGCUGCAGGCGCCGUCCACCGGGCUGCUGGGGGCCCGGCCCGGCAUGAUCCCGCUGCAGCGCCCCCCGGGCAUGCCGCCGCCGCACCUGCAGCGCUUCCCACUGAUGCCGCCACGGCCCGUGCCGCCACACAUGAUGCACCGGGGCCCGCCGCCCGGGCCGGGGGGCUUCGGGGUGCCCCCGCCCCACGGGAUGAAGGGCCCCUUCCCGCCGCACGGCCCCUUCGUCAGGCCUGGCGGGAUGCCGGGGCUGGGGGGCCCAGGACCGGGCCCGGGGGGCCCUGACGACAGAGACGGGAGACAGCAGCAGCCACAGCCCCAGCAGCCGCCGCCUCAGCCGCAGCCCCAGCAGCCGCCACCCGCGCAGCAGCAGCAGCCGCCGGCGCAGCAGCCGCAGCCGCAGCCGUUCAGAAACGAGAACAGGCAGCAGUUCAAUCCAGGUAGAGACCAAGAAAGGUUUGGACGAAGACCUUUCGGAAAUCGGGUGGAGAACGACCGGGACCGCUACGGGAGCCGCAGUGACGAGAGGGAGACUAGUGGCCGAGAGCGGCGCGAGUGGGGCCGGAGGAGCCCGGACCGGGACAGGCACAGAGACUUGGAAGACCGGAGCAGGCGGUCCGGCGGGCACCGGGACAGGGAGAGGGAUUCGAGGGAUAGGGAGCCGCGCAGGGAGAAGGAGGACGGCCGGGGCAAGGAGAAGCCGGAGGGGGCCGACCGGGCCGCCGACCCUCCCCUCAGCCAAGCGGGCGCCGCAGAGACGGUCUCCGAACUCGCCCAGGGGGAGUCUGCGGCCACGGCGGCGGCGGCCGCGAAGCCUGCUGCAGAGCUGCCCGCCGAGGCUACCUCGUCCGCCGGCCCCGAGAAGGAGGCGGGCCCGGCCGCGGAGGCUCGCUAGGGGCGGGGCCGCCGGCGGGGCGGGGCGGGGCGCCGGCGCAGGGCUGGAGGUGUACAGACGCUGUAUCAUAUUCGCCCCGCUCUGCCUGCCCCACGGUCGGCCGUCGUGGGGCCUCGUGAGCAAUUUGAUUGCUUCCCUUCUAUUUAAAAAUAGCCACAAAAUAACAAAAAAUACUGAAAAUAUGAAUAAAUAUUACCCUUUUUGCUGUAACUUUUUAAAAGUUUUGACUUUAAAAAGUUUACAAAUCGUAAUUAGAAGUGCUCUCUAUUUUUUUUUUUUAAUUUAAGACAUGGUAACAGUGAAAGCUCCUCAAACAAUAGGGAUGUUUUUAAUAAACUCUAUUUUCGUAACAAA